AUGCGCUCCUUCACGGCCCUUUUUAUGGUGGCGGCCAGCGUGGCACUUGCACGCUAUGACUUGUCAAUAUCAAAUACCAGCCCAUACACCCUCGCCAUCACUCAAAACAAUCAGACCGUCGUGAACGCCAUCGAGAUCCUUACCGGCGCCUUCAACUACACUGCAACCGCCGUCACUGCCUCAGAAGCGGGCGACAUUUCCGACGGCCGCGGCCACAUAGCUACCGAAUUCGUGACCGACACGGUUGCAAAGAUUCAGAUCAAUGCCACCAGCCCCUAUGUCGGUGCCGACAUUUCUGGGGACUCGGAUGCCCUGAGCUACGGCGUCUGGGAGUAUCCGUGGCAUGGCAAGCUUUCCAAUGAGCAUGUCACGUACGAGAUCAAGGGCAUAGGAGAGAUGGAGGGCAUCAACUGGUCCAAUGCUCGCGCCCCCUUCUUCCUGACCAGCGCCGGCUACGGCGUCUACAUAGACACGCUUGCAAUGGGCCUCUUUGACUUCAGCGCCCCAACCAACACGCGCUUCGUCUUCAACGCCAGCAGCUUGACAGUCUACCUGAUCUUGCCCACCGCUCCCCAUGACAUCAAGUCCAUCCUCACGCAGUUCGCCUCCCUCUCGUCCCACAUCUUCAUGCCCCCCGACAGCGCCUACGGCCCCAUCAUCUACUCGGACAACUGGGAAAUCGACUUCCACGGCUCCGUCUCCAACGCCCAAGAAAACUACUACGACGUCAUCAACCACCUGCACGCCCACCAGAUCCGCGCCACCGCCAUGUUCGCCGACCGCCCCUACGGCACCGGCAACGGCUCCUGGGGCAACUUCGACUUCAACCUCACCGCCUACCCGACCCCCGCCGCCUUCAUCGCCAACCUCACCGCCCAAGGCUUCGCCUUCCAAGUCUGGGUCGCCAACCGCGCCACUCCGCAAACCCUCCUCUGGAACGCCUCGGCACCCAACUCGUGGCUCUUCGCCCUCGACGACGAAUCCACCGCCCCCCUGCUCGGCGGCCUCGCGGGGCCCGCCCUCAACCUCUCCAUCCCAGCCGCCUACUCCUUCUUCUCCGCGCAGCUCGCGCGCGCCUUCCCCGACGCCCUCGGCGUGCGCGGCUACAAGAUCGACCGCGGCGAGGAAAACGAGAUGCCCGUGUGGGAGCAGAACCGGCAGAUGUCGCUCUUCACGCGCCUCUGCCACGACACGUUCACAAACUCCAGCUCGUCCUCCGACUCAUCCUCCUUCUCCUUCGCGCGCUCCGCCGUCGACCGCUCGCGCAGCCACGCCGCCGUGUGGAACGGCGACUCGCACGCCAACUUCACCGGCCUGGCCUUCAGCGUCGCGAGCGGCAUCCGCGCGGGGCUGCUGGGCUUCGCCGUGUGGGGGUCCGACACGGGGGGUUACGUCCGCGAUCAACUCGUCGGCGAGGGCGGGACGCCGGUGCCGGUGCCGAGCGAGGAGGUGUGGGCGCGGUGGAUGGGCUUCGCGGCGUGGAGCCCCAUGUACGAGAUCAUGGUCGGCACGGGCGCGACGCCGUGGUACGCGCCGUAUAAUGACACGCGCGGGGGGUUGGUCGAGGUGUUUGCCGAGACGGCGGCGCUGCAUCACGCGUUGCUGCCGUAUGUGCGGAGUUAUGCGUGGCAGGCGCAUAACGUCACUGGGUUGCCGAUCAUGCGCGCGCUGUUUCUCGAGGAGCCGCGGGAUGGGGCGGCGUGGCGGGGCGGAGGUGGAACUGGAGGCGGAGGCGGCAGCGGCGGGGAGUGGGUGGACAGCGAGUACUUCUUCGGCGCGGAGCUGUUGGUCGCGCCCAUCGUGGCGGCGGGUGGCGCGCGCGAGGUGUAUUUUCCGGGGGCGGCGUCGGCCAUGUAUGUCGAGUAUUUCAAUAAGAGCGCCGUGUUCCGCGGCGGCGAGACGGCUUCGGUCGCGCUGGGCUUGCACGACGUCCCGGUGUACGUGCGGGCUGGCGCCAUCGUGCCGCGGGGCGAUGUCUUCAGGGCGAAUGACAGGUGGACGGAGGACUGGGCGCCGUACCUCGAUGUCGAGGUGUUCCCGGCGUGGGAGGUGCCGCGGUCGGUGUUCAAGUACUUCAACAAGGAGAAGGGUGAGGUGGUGGAUGUGGUGAUGACGGUAAACGCGGAGAAGAGGCGGGUGGCGGUUGAGUACGGUGAGGUGGGCUUCGGUGGCAGUGUGAUAUUCUAUCUCAAAGGCGAAGUGAAGAAGGCGGACCUGGCGGCGGGGGGAGGAGAGGCGAUUGUGGAAGGCGUUGUCUCACUGUUUGAAGUGUAG